UUGUCCUUCCAAGAUAUGAACCUCUCUCGGCCCUUGCUGAAGGCCAUAACUGCCCUGGGCUUCAAGCAGCCUACCCCGAUCCAGAAGGCCUGCAUCCCUGUAGGACUGUUGGGGAAGGACUUGUGUGCGUGUGCGGCCACAGGAACAGGAAAGACCGCGGCCUUCAUCCUUCCUGUCCUGGAGCGCCUGAUCUACAAACCUCGGCAGGCCCCCGUCAGUCGGGUGUUAGUGCUGGUGCCAACCCGCGAGCUGGGCAUCCAGGUGCAUUCUGUUACAAAGCAGCUGGCUCAGUUCAGCAGCAUCACCGUGUGCCUGGCAGUGGGUGGCUUGGACCUCAAGACCCAGGAGGCAGCCCUGCGCUCUGGCCCUGACAUUCUCAUCGCCACUCCUGGCCGCCUCAUUGACCAUCUGCACAACUGUCCCUCCUUCCACCUGGGCAGCAUUGAGGUCCUCAUUCUGGAUGAAGCCGACCGGAUGCUGGAUGAAUAUUUUGAGGAGCAGAUGAAGGAGAUCAUCCGGAUGUGCGCUCGACACCGCCAGACCAUGCUCUUCUCUGCCACCAUGACGGACGAGGUGAAGGAUUUGGCUUCGGUUUCUUUGAAAAACCCCGUCCGGAUCUUUGUGAACAGCAACACAGAGGUGGCCCCCUUUCUGCGCCAGGAGUUCGUCCGCAUCCGGCCCAGCCGCGAGGGGGACAGGGAGGCCAUUGUGGCAGCUCUGCUGACCCGGACAUUCCCUGACCACGUGAUGCUCUUCAUCCAGACCAAGAAGCAGGCCCACCGCCUGCACAUCCUCCUGGGCCUGAUGGGCCUGCGUGUCGGGGAGCUGCACGGCAACCUUUCCCAGGCCCAGCGCUUGGAGGCUCUCCGGCAGUUCAAGGACGAGCAGAUCGACGUCCUGGUGGCCACCGAUGUAGCCGCCCGAGGCCUUGACAUUGAAGGCGUCAAGACAGUGAUCAACUUCACCAUGCCCAACACCACCAAGCACUACGUCCACCGGGUGGGGCGCACAGCUCGGGCAGGGCGCGUGGGCCGCUCCGUGUCCUUGGUGGGCGAGGAAGAGCGCAAGAUGAUGAAGGAGAUCGUCAAGGCCGCCAAGGCACCUGUGAAGGCCAGGAUCCUCCCCCAGGAUGUGAUUCUGCGCUUCCGGGAGAAAAUUGAGAAGCUGGAGCCAGAUGUGUACGCUGUGCUGCGCCUGGAGCGGGAAGAGCGGGCGCUGCAGUGCUCGGAGGCCCAGAUCAACACUGCCAAGCGGAGGUUGGAAGCCGGUUCCCAGCCAGCAGGGGCUGGGGGCCCUCCCCGCAGCUGGUUCCAGAGCCAGGAGGAGAGGAAGAACGAGAAGCUUGCCAAGGCCCUGCAGGAGUUUGACUUCGCGCUUCGAGGCAAGAAGAAGAGAACCACGUUUGUGAGGGAUUCCAAGAAGAAGGCUCAGCCGACGCCUGAGGAACGUUCCCAGUUUGAGAUCUUGAAGGCCCAGAUGUAUGCCGAGCGGCUAGCCAAAAGGAGCCGCCGGCCCAAGCGAGCCCGGGCCAUGCCGGAGGAAACGCUGCCGACAGAAACGGGGGCUGGGCCCAAGACGCAGCGCAAGAAGAAAACUUCGGCAUUUGACGUGGAGCUCACCAACACGAACAAGAAAGCCCUGAAGCAGUUUCGAGCGGGGCCUUCCUUUGAAGACCGCCAGCGUCUGGGCCUUCAGGGGAGAAGGAAAGGAGGAAAAUUCAAAACCAAGUCCAGGUACAGGCGGAAGUGAGCGCACCUGGGGGCCGGGUGGCAGAGGCCUCCCCCUGGCAGCCCCUGUGGAAUUCAAGAUCCCUUCAGAUCAGCUCUCCUGGCGGCGGCAGCAGUCGAGCAGUUGGAACCGAGCAGUGCCCAGGAAAAACCACCUGGCUGCUUUGGGACUUGGCUGAAGAACUGGACCUUGGGAGGGGUGGUCAGGAGGGCCUCCCUCGUGGUCGGUUUUCUCGCUUCUCUGGAACUUCCUAGGAAGACCCUCAGACCAAAUAAACAACUAUGUUGUUGACUCAUCUAUGUUGCUGCCUUG